GUAUCUGCUUCUCUUAUCGCUACCACUUAUUCUCAUGUCAUGAGCAGCGACGCAAACUACGCUAUUUUAUUUAUAAAAUGAACACCUAUAACCAACAUUUUCACAAGUUUCGACUUCAGGACACUGCCAGUCAAAACUAUGAUCAACUCGAUAACAGCAAUUUGUCCAGCAGCUUAUCCAAUAGUUUCGAGACCGGCUCCUCUAAUGACAAUGCUUCUGAUGAUAUUAUCGACACCACUUUGAUCCAAAAUUACCUUGCAACAAAUAUAAAUAAUAUCGGCAUCAGUAACAUUGAUGAUAAAUUGGCUGCCAUUGCUAAUAGAAAUACCACGCUUGGUUCAACCACAGCGAUCUCCCAACUCCCACCAACUUCUAAAUCAACUUAUCAAGAUGACAUAUUUGACAAUUCUAAUACAACUAAAUCCUUUCCAAAUUUGCCAAAUAAAAAUCUGGAGAUUUUAAACACACUGCCUGAUAAUCCAAAUACUUUUGAUAGUUUCAAUUACAAAUUAAGCAACAAAAUUCGUCCUACCUAUGAUCAAUUGACCUCCAAGUUCAAAAUUUCCAAGGAAAGUUCCUUUUUCUUUAACUCUUCAAAUAACACACCAACAAAUAGUAAGAUUUCCAAUACUCAAAUUCGAAACAUCAAUAAUAUAAAUCAUAUCCAAAAAAGGAAGAAUUCUUCUAAACCUUACAAAAACUAUGUUUUGUCUUUUAGUAUUAAUGAAAAAGUUAUGGAUCCGGAAAAGGCUUCAAAUGUUACAAAAUUCAGGCCAACUAAAUUAAUAGAUAUGACUCUAUUAGAUGAUUCAGCUCAUGUGCCAUAUACACCAACAAACUUAUCUCAAAACAAUGUUAUAAACAGAUCUAAUUUUGAAAAUCCUUUUAAAUUAUGCACUUUAUGUUCGAAUGUAAUAAAACCAGAUGUUAUUGAUGAUAAUAAAAAUAGCAAUAACAAUAAUAAUAACAAUAAUAACAAUAAUAAAAUUGAUGAUUUAAGCAAGUUCAACUAUAACUCACGUAUUUGCUUAUUGUGCAAGUCGAACUUUAACAAUCAUGUUGUUCAAAAUGAUUUUUCACUUGAUUGUAAAUACAAACUUAAUGAUUCUUUUUAUUAUAAAUUCAAAAUCAAUGGCUCUUUGCUAUUAAAUGAUUUUUCCUUCUUCUUAGAUCUCCUAUCAAAAAACAGCUUAUCUGAUACUAAUCUAUUUAUACAAGUGGUAUUUAUCGAUUUAAAUGUUAUAAAUGGGUUUCGCGAUAUCAACUCCUCUAAUAACUCAUCCGAUAAUAUCUUCAAUAAUAUACAUAACUACCCAUACAAUAAUAACGAUAACCCAGACAACCAUUCAAAUAAUGAUUCUAGUGAUGAUUCAAUUGACAGUUCCAAAGUAGUCUUCAACUACAUUAGAAAAGAUUUGAGAGAAAAGAUCAAUCAGAAAUCAAAACUCAACUGGGUAGUAAGGACAAGUUUUAAAUCAAAUUCAAAUAUUUAUACUGUUAAGUUUAACUGCUCGCAAGAUAAGAAACUAAUUCGGAGUUCUAGAGGCAAAGGUAAAAGAGUCCAUUUAAAAGAUUUUUCAUCUUAUCACGAUUGUAAUUCAAGUUUACAUAUCAAAAUUGUUUCUGAUAAUGGAUUGGUGACUUUAUGCUAUAAGCACCAUUCGCAUUAUUAAUCACAUCUUCCAUAUUCUAUUUUUUUUUUUUGGAACAUAUAUUACUUUAUAUUGUAUUACAUUGUAUUAUACUAUAUUAUAUUAUACUAAUAUAAAACUUAAAUGAUAUGGCAAUGACCUGUAUGAAUAAGUGAUUUUGUAGUUUUAAUAGAGCAGAUAUUC